CUUGGCCCAGGAAUCAUCCUCGCAGGGCCCACCCACCGCCAUCCUUACCAUUGGCUCCGCGGGCUGCCCGUCUCCCCCUUCCCCUGUCCCGGAGGCAGGUUCGCGGGAGCUGCGGCAGGCUCGGCGCGUCUCCGGCUGCCUGGGAGCGGAGCCGCCGCCGGCACCGACAGCUCGGAGCUCGGUCCUAGGCGCCAGCAGCGGGGGGCAGGGACUCCCCGGGUCUCUCAGCCAAAGCGCCAUGUAGCCGCCGCUGCCCCGGACAGCGCGCGGUGCCCCGGGGGCGGCUGCUUCCCGGCGGAGCAUGUAGGCGCCGGCGGCGGGGGGUUGAGCUGGGUCCCCGCCGCGGCGGCUCCUGGUUGCCCGCGGCACUUGGCGGCGAUGGGGGAGAAAGUUUCGGCCGCUCCCGAGCGGCUGCGGGGCGGCGGCCGGAUCGUCUCGUCCUGCUCCAGCUCCUCGGGCUCCUCCUCGGGCUCCUCAACUCUCUCGGAAGAGGGGGACGCCGGCUUGGCCCGGGACCGCCCCGGCGGCUGCUCCGACGCGGGGCGACAGGCGGCGGCGGCGCCCCGCGGGGCGGAGCAGGAGGAAGCCGGGCGGUGGCCGCAGAGCGAGGAGGCGGCGAGCCCAGGUGGGGGGCAGCAGCAGCUUCGGCCGGAGAGCGACGCCUCGCUGGAGGAACAGGAGGAGGAGCUUGAUCAUAUAUUAUCUCCUCCAUCUAUGUUAUUUCGGAAAUCCAGCAACCCUGAAGUCUCUUCUGGCCCUGGAAAGUCAUUUAAGUUUAAAAGACAGCUGAGUGAAGAUGGAAGACCAUUUAGAAGAGGAAGCCUUGGAGGAGCUUUGACUGGCAGGUACCUGCUUCCCAGUACUAUUGCACAGCAGUUGUGGCAACCUGCAGAAACCUCCAAUCUUGUUCGUAUGCGUAGCCAAGCACUUGGGCAAUCGGCUCCUUCACUUACUGCUAGUUUGGAAGGGCUGCCUCAGAAGAGCCAUUUCAGCUCAACACGGCACCGUCAGAGACUAGUGGAACCAGCAGCUACAAAAAAGGAGCUGAGUCUUCCAAGAAGAGGAAGUUUUUGUCGGACAAGUAACCGAAAGAGCUUGAUAGGCAAUGGCCAAUCUCCAGCUCUGCCUCGGCCUCAUUCACCUCUUUCAGCUCAUGCAGGAAGCAGUCCUCAAGACAGCCCGAGAAAUUUCUCCCCCAGUGCCUCAGCCCAUUUUUCUUUUGCACGAAGGACUGAUGGACGCCGCUGGUCUUUGGCUUCUCUCCCCUCCUCUGGCUAUGGUACAAAUACACCCAGCUCAACGGUUUCUUCAUCCUGUUCCUCCCAAGAGAAGUUACACCAGUUACCAUACCAACCAACACCUGAUGAGCUACAUUUUUUGUCUAAACAUUUCUGUACCACUGAAAGCAUUGCCAGUGAUAACAGAUGUAGGACCACACCAAUGCGCCCUCGAUCCAGAAGUCUCAGCCCCGGACGUUCUCCCGCCUGCUGUGACCAUGAAAUAAUUAUGAUGAACCAUGUCUACAAAGAAAGGUUCCCAAAGGCCACAGCUCAGAUGGAAGAACGGCUUCAAGAUAUUAUCACCAACCAUUCUCCUGAUAACGUUCUUCCCCUGGCAGAUGGAGUGCUCAGCUUUACCCACCAUCAGAUCAUUGAGCUGGCUCGAGAUUGCUUGGAUAAAUCCCAUCAGGGCCUCAUCACGUCACGAUACUUCUUUGAAUUACAGCACAAAUUAGACAAAUUACUGCAGGAGGGUCAAGAGAGAUCAGAAAGUGGAGAACUGGCAUUUAUUAAGCAACUAGUCCGAAAGAUCCUCAUAGUCGUUGCUCGUCCUGCUCGCUUAUUAGAAUGCCUGGAAUUUGAUCCUGAAGAAUUUUACUAUCUCUUGGAAGCUGCAGAAGGACAUGCCAAAGAGGGGCACGUGAUUAAAACGGACAUCCCUAGAUAUAUUAUAAGCCAGCUGGGCCUGAAUAAGGAUCCUCUGGAAGAAAUAGCUCAGCUAGCUAACUAUGACAGUGGCACAUCAGAAACUCCAGAAACAGAUGAAUCACUAAGUAGCUCUAAUAGAUCAGUGAAGCUCCAGAGGAAACCUCGUGAAAGCGAUUUUGAAACAAUUAAACUGAUUAGUAAUGGAGCUUAUGGUGCCGUUUAUUUUGUGCGACAUAAAGAAACCAGACAGAGAUUUGCCAUGAAGAAAAUUAACAAACAGAAUCUCAUCCUCCGAAACCAGAUUCAGCAGGCCUUUGUUGAGCGUGAUAUCCUGACAUUUGCAGAAAAUCCAUUUGUCGUCAGCAUGUACUGCUCCUUUGAAACUAGACGCCAUUUAUGUAUGGUCAUGGAGUAUGUGGAAGGUGGAGAUUGUGCUACUUUAAUGAAGAAUAUGGGUCCUUUACCUGUGGAUAUGGCAAGGAUGUAUUUUGCUGAGACUGUGCUAGCCUUGGAAUAUCUGCAUAAUUAUGGAAUUGUGCACAGGGAUUUGAAGCCAGACAAUUUAUUGGUAACAUCCAUGGGACAUAUAAAGCUUACAGAUUUUGGGCUUUCUAAGGUGGGGCUAAUGAGCAUGACUACAAAUCUUUAUGAGGGUCACAUUGAGAAGGAUGCUAGAGAGUUCCUUGACAAGCAGGUCUGUGGCACACCUGAAUAUAUAGCACCAGAAGUGAUAUUGAGGCAGGGUUAUGGCAAGCCAGUGGACUGGUGGGCCAUGGGAAUUAUCCUUUAUGAAUUUCUUGUUGGGUGUGUGCCAUUCUUUGGCGAUACACCAGAAGAGCUAUUUGGACAAGUUAUCAGUGAUGAGAUCAACUGGCCUGAAAAGGAUGAAGCCCCACCUCCAGAUACCCAGGAUCUGAUUACUCUACUGCUCAGACAAAACCCCCUGGAGAGACUGGGAACAGGUGGCGCAUAUGAAGUAAAGCAACACCAGUUCUUUCGUAGCUUAGACUGGAAUAGUUUGCUGAGACAGAAAGCAGAAUUCAUUCCACAGCUGGAAUCUGAGGAUGACACAAGUUAUUUUGACACUCGUUCUGAGAAAUACCACCAUAUGGAAACUGAAGAAGAGGAUGACACAAAUGAUGAAGACUUUAAUCUGGAGAUAAGGCAGUUUUCCUCAUGUUCACAUAGAUUUUCAAAAGUUUUUAGUAGCAUAGAUCGAAUAACUCGAAAUCAAAGUGAAGAAAAGGAAGAUACAGGAGACAAAACAAAAAAUGUGACAUUGCCAUCUGUGGAAUCUUUAAGCUGGAGUUCAGAAUAUUCUGAACUGCAACAGCUAUCUACAUCCAACUCCUCUGAUACUGAAAGUACCAGGCAGCGGCACAGUUCAGGUUUGCUUCCAAAAUUGGCCAUAUCGUCUGAGGGGGAUCAAGAUGAAACCACCUGCUCAGGAGGAUCCCGGGAGGAGCAAGAAAAGGCUGCUUCUUUAAGUGAGGAGGCUGCUCAAGAUGAGCCUGAGGUCACCACUCCAGCCAGUACCAUCAGCAGCUCAACACUAUCAGUUGGCAGUUUUUCAGAGCACUUAGAUCAGAUAAACGGAAGAAACGAGAGUGUGGACAGUACAGAUAAUUCCUCAAAGCCAUCCAGUGAACCUGCCUCUCAUAUGGCUCGUCAGCGAUUAGAAAGCACAGAGAAAAAGAAAAUAUCUGGAAAAGUCACAAAGUCCCUGUCUGCCAGUGCUCUGUCCCUCAUGAUUCCAGGAGAUGUGUUUGGUGUUUCUCCUUUGGGAAGUCCUAUGUCCCCACAUUCCCUUUCUUCAGACCUUUCAUCCUCCAGAGAUUCCUCCCCUAGCCGCGAUUCCUCAAUUGCUUCUUCAACCCCGUAUCAACCUAUAUUAAUUCACAGUUCAGGAAAAAAGUAUGGCUUCACCAUCCGAGCAAUCAGGGUCUAUGUGGGUGACAGUGAUAUCUACACAGUGCACCAUAUUGUUUGGAAUGUCGAAGAAGGAAGCCCAGCUUAUCAAGCGGGCCUAAAGGCUGGGGAUCUGAUCACACAUAUCAAUGGAGAGCCAGUUCAUGGUCUUGUUCACACUGAAGUCAUAGAGCUGUUGUUAAAGAGUGGAAACAAAGUGUCAAUUACUACAACCCCCUUCGAGAACACUUCAAUCAAAACAGGCCCGGCCAGGAGGAAUAGCUACAGGAGUCGAAUGGUUAGACGCAGUAAGAAAACCAAAAAGAAAGAGAGCCUAGAAAGGAGGAGGUCUCUCUUCAAAAAGCUAGCCAAGCAGCCCUCUCCCCUUCUUCACACGAGCCGAAGUUUCUCCUGCCUGAACCGAUCCCUUUCAUCAGGAGAGAGCUUGCCUGGCUCCCCAACUCACAGCUUGUCUCCCAGGUCUCCUACCCCAAGCUACCGCUCCACUCCUGAUUUCCCAUCCGGUACCAAUUCCUCCCAGAGCAGCUCGCCUAGCUCAAGUGCACCCAAUUCUCCAGCUGGCUCAGGUCACAUAAGACCCAGUACUCUUCAUGGGUUGGGUCCAAAGCUUGGUGGACAAAGAUACCGGUCAGGAAGACGCAAGUCAGCUGGCAGCAUUCCUCUCUCCCCUUUGGCACGAACACCUUCUCCAACACCCCAGCCACCAUCCCCUCAACGAUCUCCAUCACCUUUACUGGGGCAUUCAAUUGGAAAUUCAAAAAUAGUUCAGGCAUUCCCUAGCAAGAUGCACUCCCCUCCAACUAUUGUAAGACAUAUAGUGAGGCCAAAGAGUGCCGAGCCACCCAGGUCUCCACUGCUAAAGAGGGUCCAGUCUGAAGAGAAACUUGCGCCUUCUUAUGGUUGUGACAAGAAACACUUAUGUUCACGCAAACACAGCCUGGAAGUGACUCAAGAAGAGGUGAAUAGGGAAUUGUCCCAAAGAGAAAUAACUCUUCAGAGCCUGGAGGAGAACGUGUGUGAUGUGCCAUCACUCACCCGAGUCAGGCCUGCAGAGCAAGGCUGCCUGAAACGCCCUGUCUGCAGAAAGUUGGGUAGGCAAGAGUCCGUUGAUGAGCUGGAUCGAGAGAAAUUAAAGGUCAAGAUAGUUAUGAAAAAGCAAGAUCUUGCUGAGAAACAAGAUUGUCUGCAGAAAGCAAGCACUAUACAUGAGCCUUGUGGUGAAUCAGAAAAUCCUGCUACCUUAAGACUGGAAGAAAGAGACAAAAAAACAUUUCAGAAGGCUUUGGAAAGAUCAAAUCACUUUGAAACUAAAAUUACUGCUCUGGAGACUCCGUCAGUAGGUGGCAUACUCAAAGACACCCUUCACAAGAAUGCAAACAUGAGACCAAAUGACUCCGUUCCUUUAGAUACACACAUGCCAUGUCAUGGGCCUCCUCUUCAUGAACUCAGUCAUCUCUCUUAUGACUUCAAAAGAAUUUCCCCUCCAUGUACAUUGCAAGAUGUGCUACCUCACUCAUCUGACAGGCUGCUAAAUGGAAAGGGAGAAAACACAGAUAAAAAUGCACCAACAAAAGAAUUUGUCAAAUUUGAAAGAAUAGAUGGUAAGCUUGCAAAUAUUGAUUAUCUCAGAAAGAAAAUGUCCUUUGAAGAAAAAGAUGACAGUCUCUGUCCAGUGUUAAAGCCCAAACUGACAUCAAAUGUUCAUGAAUGCCUUCAACUUAACACAGUCAGACCCAUCAAUAUACAGCAGGAUUCCACUACAGUUGCUGAUAGCAGAGCAUUUAUUAGUAGUGCACAUGCUGCUCAGAUUAGCUCAGUUUCUUUUGUUCCUCUCAAAGCCUUGAAUGGCCGAGUGGAAACUGGUGUGGAAAAAUCAGCCCUGAUUUCUGCUGAGUCUCCUGUCAGAAAAAGUCCAUCCGAGUAUAAACUAGAAGGGAGAUCGGUUUCUUGUUUGAAACCAAUUGAAGGCACUUUAGACAUUGCCUUACUGUCUGGGCCACAGGCUUCAAAGACAGAACUGCCUUCAUGCCUGCUACCAGAAAGUCAAAACACCAGCAAUGAUGUGGGUUCCUCCAUGCCUCUGGCAUCUCAGUGCAAUGGUGUAAAGGAGGAGACAUCCUGUCAGAAAGAGGUGGUGUCACCCCGUUCAAAGUCUAAUAAAUCUAAUCUACUAGAGCCCCAAUUUUCACAGUCAAGCAACAGUUUUCAAAAUGCACCAGCAGCCCCUGUGACCUCUGAACUAGAAACAGGAAAAAAGAUUUCCAGCCCAGCUGCUACAUGCAACAUUUCUGUCAGAGAAGCUGAUCAAAAGAGAGAGGCUUCCCAUUCAAAACAGAAGGACCAUGCAACUGAGGCAAAAUUACACACUGUCCAAAAUCAGUGUCUCCACAUUGCCCUGGCGUCUGCCACACCUUCCACAGCCCCAGGCACACCUGAAAAAACUGCAGGAAAAGAGAGGCAAACCCAAAAGGAGUUGCCUGUCAAGUACCCAGAGGCACAAAGAAAUUACGAAUCUUUCCCUGCGAAGGCCGAGGGGAUCAGAGAUUCAUCUGUGAAGAAAUCUACCCCAGAUGCUUUUAAAACAAGCAACUCCAAAACCAUUCAGAGAAACUCUGCUGACUUUGCCAUUCCCCUUCAAACACAUGGAACAACGAGAGUGCAGGCAGCUGGCUCUAAGGUGGAGUCUAAAGAUGGCAAAGAUCUACCAAAACAAUUUGCCAAAGAUGACAUUACCCCUGCUGGUACUUCUGUAGAGAGGGACAUGAACAAGCAGAAAGUGAUGGACUCAAAGAGUGAAAUGUCCUUGCCCAAAAGGCCUGUACAACAAUCAGUAGAGUCUAAUACUAAAAAUGAGAAAUCACUUGUGUGUUCCUGUGUGCAGAAGGACAACUCCAAAGAUUUGAGAAAGAAAGAUCAGAAACAGUCCAGCAAUACACAGCUUCAAACUACGGAGAGAGAGCUACCCAACCUGAUUACUAGGCAGCAAUUUAGCUCUUCAGGUUCCCCUUCUGUAAGAGAAAUUGUAUACAGAAACUGUGUAAUAGAUGCUCCUGUGCAUUUAGGUAUUCAAGAGCAAGUCACAGCUGGUUCAGCCUGCAUGGAAAGCAGUAAUAAUAAAUCCAGGCAAAUAACUGAAACUUGUUCUUCUAAAUCUAAGCACUGUGACAAAUUCACAUUUGCACAAAAACAGUACACUGCAAACAUAAAAGAAAAAGAAACAGUUAUUCAGCCCUCUGCUGGCUCUCGGAAAGAUGGGAAACAUGCCAAUAAAAAUGUGCAGGAUUCUCUUGCUUUUGUUCCACUUUCUCAGAGAAAACUAAGCAAUGAGCAUGUUCAGGUAGAAAAGCCUCUGGGUCUGGAACGUGGGUCAGCACCUUCAAUCCAAAUCAAUAGGAGCACUCCUGAAACCAAACCUAAAUCCUCUUGUAACGGCCAUGCACCAGCAGGCCCAGAAAACUCCAAGCAUUUUCUAAGUCAGGAAACAGCAAGCUUCAGUGAGACUGCUGAUCAAAAGCAACUCUAUGUAAGUGAAAAGCAAAACAUGCCUCCAAAGUUUUCCAGUGUGAAAGACUGUCUCUUAUUGAACAAACUGGCAGACAAGGGCCCCAGUAAUCAGGCCAUCACUGCAGACAAAAGACCUGAAGGACAAAAAUGCACUGAAGCACUUUAUGUUCAGAAUGACAAUGGGAAAUUGGAGCCCAGACUUUUCCUUAACUGUGACAGGGGGAAAGUAGCAGAAAAGGCAGCCAUAGUUAGCAAAGGCUCUCCAGAUUCAAAAGGGAAGGGACAAGUUAAUCAAAAACAGUUAACAGAUGCGAACAAGCAGAUUACAGCAAAGCUUUUAUCAGCUUCCACUGUGCAGAGUUCAUGUCAUUCAGCUGUAACUCCAUCAAAGCAGCUGAUUUGUCCACCCAACUUCCUGGAAUGUAGGCAAGAAGCAUCUCGUUUGUCUUCAGCAAACAAUGAUGUGUCUUCAACCAAGGUUAAAACAGGCUCACCAGAGCUUCCUGUCACCAGCUGCAAGGAACUGGAAAAGCAAGCCACCUCUUCUACAGGGGAUGGUAAAAGAGAAAUCACAAAGAGCGUUUCACUGUUGACCUUGCAUAGCUCUGCUGUCCCAGUAGAAGCCCUUCAUCCUGCUUCAAACCUUGCGAGUAAACCUGGAAAUCAAGAAAAGCCUCUUUCUGCAAUCAACACUGUGGAUGUAAAGGGAAAAGACGCCAUUCAAGCUCAGCCUCCUGCUGCAAAAAAACAGAAUGUAGGUAAAGAUUUACCCAGGUCAGUAACCACCCCUGAUGGUCCUAAUGCACUUUCAUCUGAUAAAGACUCAGUGCGGCAGAGGCGAGGAAAGGAUGCUUCACGGAGCAGUCCUCACAAAAAGUCCUCUCAAUAGCAGUAACUUGGCGGAUAAGACUUAGACUUUAACUGAAAAUUGUUUGUGACUUGACUACCUUCUGAAACCAGCACUGUGUGGUAUCUUUACACAGCAAAGCUUUCCUGCCACUCCAGGAGGGGGCAGCAUGUACAAAGAGAGGACCUUUUUCAAAAUGCCUUCCCAAAUGUAACCGGUAAAACUGUUACCAUAGAGUAUUUGUAUAAAAGUACCUUUACAGUUGAGAGUUGUUGAGAAAAAGAUUUUCUCUGUAAAUAUCUCAUGACGUGUUUGGUUUUGAAUGUAGCAUAUAUACGUUGCUGCUGAUUGCAUUGUUUACUAUUACCUUUUCUUUAGAGAAAGUUGCUUUGCCACUUAUAUGCCAUACUCAAAUAUGAAACAGAAUUACUGAAACUCAGACCUCGGAUAAACACAUACAAAUAUGGUCUGAUUUAAAGGGAAAGAAAAUAAGCCACAUUUUUACUUGUUAAAAAUUCUAUAUAGUGUUAAAAACAAUAGAAAAAAUAUGGUGGCUUAUUGUGAGUUUUUAUGUAUAUUUUAAAUAACCAUAGAUUUUGAUAGUACUGUAUCUGGCUAACUGCUUCACCGGAUCGAAUGUAAGACCUAACCGAAUCUCCCCAGUGCACAGUCCGCCCCUCAUUUAGAAUAGGCAUAGUUACAGUGAAGGGCAAAGCCUCCGUUAACACUACACCCAGUUGAGUAGCAUUAUCUGGUGAAACAGAUGUUCUCAUCUUGUCUUUAGGGAGGCUACCUGAGACCUUUGCUUCAGACAAGGCUGAAACUGCAAGCACGUGUGCUUAGUUUCUGCUGCAAUCCUGUCUUGGCUCCCUUUUAGCUCUUUUAAAUUCAGGCCUUUAUAGAGGUGAGGCACAAGUAGAAGCAAAUGACUUGCAGUACUAUUCCCAUCCCUGUUUUUUAAUGAAUUUAAAGAAUAUCAAUUAUCAUGGUAUGUAGGUUUGAGUAACUAGCUUCGUGCAGUUUAGCUUUUUUCUCUUUUAUAUGACAAGUCUGGUAAAAAGGAAAAAAGUGAUUUCAGUAUCAUAUCUUCACAAAAGAUCAGGACAUCUGAUGCAUUUUAAUACAUAGCUGCGGCCUUAUGUUGUAGAGUAAACUUGCUGUUUUUAGCAAGUAAUCCCUGGGUUUCACAUUCAUUUCUAAAUGCAUUGAGUAGCUCCGGGCAUUUCAUAACAUGAUCUCUUUAUUUGUAUGCAAAAAAAAAAAAAAGUAAAUACUGUAAUUUAAAAAAGCAGCAUUUUUGUAACUAAGGGACGUGUUGGAGCUAUUUGGUGCUAGAAUGUGACUGUCCUUAUUACUUUUGCUAAGCCUUAUUUAAAUUUUGUAUACUGUGGAACAUGUUGAAUUUGUCUGAUCGUUUUAGUGCGGAGGUAUUUGGUUUGUUUUGAAGGACAAAAGGUAAAGUUUGAAAUACGUACAGGAGCACUACAGAAAUAUCCACACAGAUGAGUAUUUUAAAAUAACCGGUAUUAAUAAGAUGGUAUUUUUGCUUAUUUGUGUUAAAUAUCCAUAUAAGAGCCAAUCUACUAUCAGUUUCCUCUGGAAUUUCUUUCUCUUUCUAGAGCUAUACAAUUUUUCCUCAAAGCACAGUGUAAUUUAGGCUUGGAGAUUUGUAGGGCACCUACUAGUGUGUUAAUUUUCCACCCCCACUGGUUAGUUGGGUUUAGAUUCAUUCCAAUUAAAGAUAAAAUUGCCAGCAAGUCCUCCUAAUUUUUCACACUGCGCUAUUACAUUCAUUUCUUUUUCUAUGCGCUCACACAAUACAAUUGGAGAAAAUAGUUUUGAAAAAUUUUGAAGAGAAAAUGGUCUCAGCAUUUACAGUAUAUAUCUGUGCUUUGGCGGUUGUUUAUAACCAAACACUAAUGCACUUAGGUAUCAUGACAUUUCUGGCUGGGAGGUAUUUCCUAGUUUACAGUCUUUUGCAUUUUUAAACUGUCCUCUUGUUUCCUUUAAAACACGCCUAGCUAUUUGUUUACAAAUGUAUCUUUUAUGUAUAUUUUGUAUAGUGCAUUAUCACUUCUGCCAAAUAAGGGUUGUUGGUUUUUUGUUUUGUUUGUUUGGGGGUUUGUUGUUGUUGGGUUUUUUUGUUGCAUUUUGGAAGUGUAACAGUGCUUAAGCUCGUGUUCACGUAGUACCUGUUGUUGGUGUUUACCUUACCAGUGAGCUGUUAGAGAUCCUUUCACCUGUGUACUAGAUGGUCUAUCUUUGUGUGAUUGUUGAUUAUGACGUGCUCCUUUGUAGACUUCCUGCUGUAGAUUUAUCAGCUUACAAAACCAGUUUGUUAGGGUCUGUGCAAUAAAGUGUUUGCAGUCUUAUUUUCUUUAAGAAACUCCCUAUGGAUGUCAUAAUUGUUGUAUAUUGAACAAAAAUAUUUAUACUUAUGCAGUUGCAUAAAACUGAAAUAAAAAUUGAGCAUGAAAAGAUAGUCAUUAGAUUUCUUUAAUCCCUUUUUCGCCCAUUACUCAAUGCAGUUCUGUACUACGCUGCAUUUACAUGUGUUUCGAUGACACAUGCUCUAAUUUAUUAAGUUCUGGUAUGAUCUAAAUGUGUUUCUGUUAGUUUUUUCUUAUCACCAAGCCAGUUUUGGAAAAGGCUAACCAAACAUUUUGCGUGGGGCAGCAUGCUCUAGCGCAGGGGUUCUCAAACUGCGGGUCAGGACCCUUCAAGGGGUCAUGAGGUUAUUAUGUGGGGGAUCAUGAGCUGUCAGCCUCCACCACAAAACCGCUUUAUUUAUUUAUAAUAGUGUUAAAUAUAUAAAAAAGUGUUUUUAAUUUAUAAGGGGGGGGUCACACUCAGAGACUUGCUAUGUGAAAAGGGUCACCAGUACAAAAGUUUGAGAAUCACUGGUCUAGUGGUUAGAGAAGGGGAUUAGGAUUCAGUUUCUCUGGGUGAUCUCCCUAACUCUGCCGCUGACAUGCCAUGUGAGCUGGGGCUGGUUAGGUAACCACUCUGCCUCAAGUUUUCUCAUCUGUGAAGUGUGAAACUCUCAUGAAUUAAUUGCAAGAGAUGUGAUUUCUAAGUAAAAUUAGUCUGACUCGUGAUCUCGCGAUAAAUUUCUCAAAUGUCAGGAUUUCUUUCCCUCCCGCUCUCAGCCAUCCCCGGGUCUGACAGUGGGAGCCCCUCCUCGUGGGACGUAUGACUGAAUUACUGUACUGUAUCUGGACCCAAGAUCUUCAUAGUCCAGUGUCCUGUCUCUUGACAGUGGCCAGGAACAGAUGCUUCAAUUGAAGGUGUAAGAACCCUCCACUGCAUACAUGUGGUAUAUGUUCUCAUCUGAUAGAGACUGGAGAAAGCCCUGAAGCACAAGUUUCAAUAUCCCUUCCAAAAUGUUGUUGUCUUUAAUUACAGUAACUCUGGAUAUACCUGAUGUCUGUGUAAAUAUGCAAUCCCUCUUUGAAUCUUAAGUUCUUGGCCUCAACAAUUUCCUGUGGCAGCGUGUGCCAUGGCUGAAUCAUAGGCUGUGUGCAGAAGUAUUCUCUUGUGUUGUUUAUUGAGCUUCCCAUCUUUUAAUUUCAUUGAAUGUCCCCUGAUUCUUUUAUUAUGAGAGUGAGAACAGAAGUAGAGGGACUGAGGGGGCUGUGAGCCAUGCGGGAGCAUCCUUAGCAUUCCUGGCCCCUUAGGGCGAGAGAGAGAGAGAGAAGGGUACUGUUUGUAGGAGAAGUGGGAAGCGGGUGGGGCUCCUGCUGGGCUGAGUCCUUAGCCUGGGAGUGAUUGAGUCCUGUCCAGCCCCUCAGUAAAGGGCAUUACGGAAAAGGGUACACUGAUCUUUAUUGCUCCAAGGAGGGUGGUUCAUUGAGACAGUGAUAGUCUCCAGAUUUGGACACUACCUAGCAGUGGGAUGACUUGAACACAGCUGAUCAUCAGUUGUUAGGAAAUGCCUGACCCUCAUUAUUGCUGCUAUUAACAAGUCAAAACUGCAUUGUUUCCUCAGUUAUUUCCCCCCUACAAAACCAGGUGUCAGUGUCAUUACAGCGAUACAAUUACUGGUUAAACGAGGACUGUACAAAAUACAUAGGAAGACAGUCGCUGAUCUACUGCUCUUUGACAAAUCUGCCAAGUGUCCAGCAUCUUGCUUGACACACGUGUAGGCCACCCCUGGGAUGACCAGAUAGCAAGUCUGAAAAAUCAGAGUGGUGGUGUAAUAUUCUUAUAUAAGACAAAGCCCCUAAUAUUGGAAUGGUCACCCAUGACCUACACUAAAUGCCAUGCUGGACUCUGAGCAAGCAGAAGGGUAGAAGCUGCCGGUCAGACUUGUCGCCACCAUGGGUGGUGAUUGCACCUGCCAAGCGGGCUGCUCUCUGCCUCUCCCAGUAUUGUCUCCAGCGCUCCUAGCUAGCAGAGAGGAGGAGGGGUCCGUAGAAUGUCAGAUGAGAAGCUGGAGGCAGGAGAGUGGGAAUCAUAGGUUACUGCUCACAAAAGAAAUUAUGAGAGUUGGCAACACAAGUGAAGUGACCUGAGUUAUAGGCUCUCCUUCCUCCCUGUGACAGGUUCCCCCCAGGGUGCCACCUGGAAGUGGGGUACCACUGAGCCCCCCGACCCAGCAGCCUGGGCUCCCUUCUACACUGUACUGCUCUGACAAGCUUACAAGACCUGCAGGCUUCAGCCUGCACUUUCACCAGCAUACAUGUAGGUAGGGACAUACCCAGCUGCAGUACACACAGGCAGGCUCUUUAACCAGCCCCUGCAUGGGAAGGCUUCAGCUAGGGCACCUCCCAAUUCCUAAGGCACGCACCCCCUCUGCAAUGUAAACCCAAAAUUAUACCAUCCUGUGCUGCACAGGGAACUGUAUGGCAUAAGCUCACAAAAUUUACCCCCUCCCUCAAUGUGGAGAGGAAUAUGCAACAGGUUUGUCCCCCUGAGUUAUAAUUUCCACGCACUGGUUUUAGAUAAAGCAAAAAUAAGUUUAUUAACUACAAAAGAUAGAUUUUAAAUGAUUAUAAGGGACAGCAAACAGAUCAAAGCAGAUUACCUAAUAAAUAAACAAAAAUACACAAACUAAUCUUAAUAUACUAAAUAGACUGAUAAUGAAUAGCAGAUUCUCACCCAAAGUGAUGAUAUAAGCAGACUGCAGAUUCUUAAGGGGCAAGCUGCACUUGCUUACCCAUCGGAAUCCCCAGGUGUUCCAUUCAGAGGCUAAAAAUCCCUUUAGCCAUGGUUAGAGCCCUUUGUUUCAAAUCUUGGUUCCCACGCCAGUCAGUGGAAAAAUACUGACAUCCCAAGAUGGAGUUCAGCACCAGGGGAACUGGUCACUCGUCCCUGUAGUGUCACAGUAGCCAUAACUCGGAGGCUGUCUGUAGCCUCAGGAAGGCUCCCCAGGUGGGAGAUAAGCUUCUCCUAAGGCCUGUUGUUUCUUUUUAAUGGCUCAUUAACCUGAAUUGGCCUUUCCCAGUCAGCCAUCUAGACUGAGAGCAUUUUGCCUAGUGGGAGUUGCCCAGGUGUAACAACAUUUUGAAAUACUGAAAAAUAGUCAAUCUUCAUAACUUUGGAUACAAAUAGGAUAAUUAUAUUCCACAAACCAUAAUCUUUCCAAUGACAUCUCACAUGACUUAUCUUGCAUAAAAUACAUCAUACUCAUAUCAUAAUAAUAUCACUGUGAAGAAUAUUGGGGUGCAGUGCCACACUCCCCACACCUGCGCCCAACUGCUCAGGGGAGCUCUGGAAAAGUGUGAAAGGGAAAUUAGCCUCUAUGCAAUGCUUUUCACCAGCACCAAAUGCACACAGUGUUUUCAAAACAGGUACUUAGCAUAGGGGCUGGCUUCCUCAAGGCCCUGGGGUUCUCAAGCCCCCACUCUGCCCCGCCUCUUCCCACCCAGUUCUGCCCUCUCCCCCAAGUGCACCACCCCCCCGCUUCUCCCACUUCUCCUUCCCCCCCAACACCUCCUGCACACCGCGGGACAGCUCAUAGUGGUGGGUGGGAGGCACUGGGAGGGAGGGGUAGGAGUUGAUCGGUGGGGCCACCAGUGGAUCGGAGCCACUGGGGGAAGGCGGAGGAUUUGGCUGCCGGUGGGUGCUAAGCACCCACUAAUUUUUUUCCAGACCUGGAGCACCCAUGGAGUCAGCGCCUAUGGUACUUAGCCCCAUAUACAAAUGAUAGAUAAUAAAUUAGUAAAAUAAUUUGUACAGAUGUCACACUGGGAGCUGCAGAGAAUUUGGCAGUGAUUAAAUGAGCAGAUAAUCUGCCCUAGAUAACCAGAAGGAGGGCACGCUGCAUGUUUCAACAGGUGCGUAACAGCAUUUCUGCCAGGCUGUGGGUACGUUUGCAUUGAUAAGCUCAGCAGAAGUGUGUUUGAGGGAUUUGAAUGACGGGAGGCUGAUAGGUAACACCAGAAUAUAGAGGUCAGGUUAAAAGAGGGAGCCUAGAUGACAGCACAACAAUGCCUAGAGAAGGCUACAGGUACCGCAAGGUGGGAGGCAAGGCUCUGGCAGGGCUAGGGAAGAAUAGGAAGAAACAAGGGCAGGAGUGCAGGUAGCAAUGGUGUGUAAUAUAGCAUCUUGAAGGUUAGGCAUGAAGCUUGUACUUGAAUCAGAAGACAAGAGGAAACUAGUGGAGGGAUUCAGAUGGGAGAGUAUCAUGGUCUGAGUGGCUGGCCCAGAAUCAGAAGUGUGACUGGUCACGGUGGGUUCAGUCCCAGGCAUGGACAAGCUUGGUGAUGGAAAGAAAGGGAAGAACACACACACACUUUAUUUUUAAGUUAUUCACUCAAGAAAUUGGCCUGCAUCUUGCCAUGGAGGUCUGCAGUUUGGUUAGAGCAUCAGCCUUUUCCUAGCCAAAGAUGGGGAAAGAAGAACUUUGCUCUGAGCAUUGCUGGUUUUUCAAUGUGGAGUAAAGGGAACUGCUACUUUAAAUCUAACAAUUUACUCCCUAAUCUCAGAAACGAAACUUGUUAGUUACAAGCAGUUUAGGUUCAUUUCCCAUCUAAAUAAUGACUUCAAAAACUACAUUGCAAGUCACUGUAAGGUUUCUACUUGUAUUGUAAUUUUGUUUACAUCGGCGAGCUGGGAGCCAGGAUGGUCUUGAGUUCAAAUCCAUCAGACAUCAUUCACCUCAGGCAAUUCACUUCAUCUCUGUGUGUCAGCUCUCCAGCUGUGUUUAAAAAAUAAGAGAUAAAAGCAAAACCUGACUGAAAACCAAGUGCUGCAUCAGAUCAGAGCUCUACUGGGUAAAAUAAAUCCUAUAAAGAAAGAUAAAUCCAAUGUCACUUUCUGUUGAUUUAUAUCCUCACUAAGUAAUCCCCAAAAAACUAAACCUUUAGACUUUGAAUUUCCCUGUAUAUAAUCAGUGCUUUGUGCUGCAUUGUAUUUAUAUAUAAAUAUAUUCCUUCAGAAGGGGCAGUCCAAUCUGUAUAUUUAGGAUUUGUAUACCUAGUAAUGAGCAACAUAUGCCGUUCACCUUUAUUAUUUGUGUAACUUCUAGGUGUGAAUGGUGCUUGACAAGCAAAUAAAAAGGCAAAGGCCCUGCUCAGAGAGAGUUCACAUUCUAAAUUAAAUAAAAGAGAAAACAAAAAUGACAGCAGACCAAGGUGGGAUAAAAAUAAAAAGAAGUGAGAUGGUAACGUGGCGGAGACGUGUAUUGUAUUGUACUUGGAGAAGCACAGAUCUCCCAAAGAGAGCAAAUAUGUUCAUGUGAUGAAGUGGAGAAAUUGCUUGCCAGCUCAGCAGGGGUUAAGGAGCGCCUGUGGGCCUAGCUAGCCCCACCUCGUUAUACCUGCAGCCAACCCCAGGCCUGGAGUGGGGAGAAGAGAGAGCCUGGGCCAGUUCAGGGUUGACUGGUGAAGAGGCAGGAGCUAGCUGCCUGAAAGGAAGAAGCCAAGGCAGCCCCCAGGGAGCACGUUCUCUCCCCCUGCUUGCAGUGCCCCCUGUUCAGCCCCCCUUGUGUUGACUCUCACAAGGCCCUGGGCUGGGACCCGGUGGAGUGGGAGAUCCUAGGUCCCUCUACCCCGCCACUGCCUGAAAGACUGAGGCACCUUGGCCCAGGGAAACAAGGGACUGGAAGUCAAGUACACCAUCCACUAGGUCACCUGGCCCUCCAAGCAUCCUGGUACACUUAAUUCUUGUUAAAUUAUUUUUGCUCAUUUUCAUUUUUUUACCUUCUUUGUUGACUUUUUGUUUCUUAGUUGACUUGUAAGUGGUUGAAAUUUAGCUCUGCUCAUGGCCCUAGGACACUGGGUCGGGUUUCUGUAGCUACAAAGGGGUUCACGUUGGAGAUUUUGUCUCUGGGAGCUGAGCAAGGUUUGAGUCUAAAGUUCCUCUUUCAAGGUGAGGCGGUGUUGCAGAAGGCACGGUGAUGCAUGCUGGAAUAAGAGUGCUGAUGCUACAGUUUUGGGUCCCAGGCAGGGUGAGUAGUUGAUACUUGCCGAGCUGCAGUUCGACAACUGAGGUAUGUCAGCAGAAAUGUUUCUGAAACCUUGGCACAAUGCUUUCACAAGCUGUAAUGCUGCUCUGUUCACUUUUGACUCCACUGUUUGUGGAUCGCUUUUGUAGCAAGCUGUUGUAGAGAAUAAAUUAUUCGAGAUGCAUGUUUCUUUCCACUUACAUUUUUAAGCAGGCACCUUCAUGUUUUCUCCUGCUGUGCCCCCAUAAACAUCCACAAUGUUUUCUCAUUGUCCUCCUUCAAAUCCCUCCUUAAAAUUCUCCUUUGCUGUGAUGACUUCAAAAAAUGUGACAACGGUUAGGCGGCUGAUAUGCUAAGACCGCUGCCUGUCGUGCUGGCCAGUAUUGUCGUCGUCUUCCUUGUACUCCCCUAUUCGUAACCGUUAACUCUUGUCUUAGACUUCGAUUGUAAGGUCUUUGGGGCAGGGACCAUCAUUGUGUUCUGUGUUUAUACAGCCCCUAACACAGUGGUCCAUGACUGGGGCUCCUAGGCACUAUGGUAAUACAAAUAAAUAACUGCAGAGCUUACUGUAUUGAACCAAUUCUGUUUUGGAAGAUGUGCCUUGAAUCAGCUAGUGAAAGUUCAGCAGUUUCUGGGGUUUAUGUAGCUCGCUUUGCACUGUUCUCAAAGAUAUGCUGAUGGAGGCUUGACAAGUCAGUCAAAUCAUGUAAAUUGACCACCUAUUAUUUGGCCACGGUCAAAUAUUGUUCAAUAUUCCAGCAAGAAUGCCCUGCUGUAGCUGGCGGCCUCCCUUUUUGGUUGCAUCAUGCUUCUUUCAUUUUUCUAGCACUUCAUUUAAUUGUGUUUCCAUUAUUGUGAGUUUAAAUUACUCAGUUAAAUGUUUUUUGUAAUUAGCCACAAGUAUCUAUUUCAGGCUAAGCCUACUGGCAACCAUAAAGUCUUACUCUUACUGUUCUAAUAAACCAGUGCUGUACAAUAUUUGACCAUUUUUGACAUUAUUGACCAAUGUUUGUCCAGUCAAUUGAGCAAUUAUUUUUCAAAUAAGGGGCGGGGGUGAGGUAAUAUCUUUUAUUGGACCAACUUCUGUUGGUAAAGAGACAAGCUUCCGAUCUUACACAGAGCUCUUCCUCAGGUCCUGGCUCCAACCACACUGCAAAGAAUUAUUUGCAGACCAGGCAAAUACCCAAUCCAGUGUUGAUGAGUUUCUUUGCUUAAAGGGGGCUUUGCAUAGACAUGGUUUGCCCCAAGAAGUUCUUCCUGUCUUAGAUCACUCUGGGUGCAAGCAUCAUUUUGAUGGAGGCUGCCUGUUCUGCUGUUUCUGUCUAUACAAAUACCAUAUGCAUGACAGGGUCAGCUCACUGGGUCACAAUACCACAUUUUUACAUUGGAUAGCUUGCCUCUGACAGCAACAACUUGUAAUGUAUAAAACCAAUUGACAUUAGUGUGUGGACAUGCUAUGUUAUCAUAACCAAGACAUGGCAGUGAUACACACAGCUGUGGAAUCGACAGCAGACAUCAAAACUUGCCUACUGUGCAAUUUUCAGCGUGGCUUUCCUGUUUAAAAUAAGGAUGCCGGCAGAUAAUUGUUUAUCUAAGUUAAAUAGCUUGGGGGCUGUAUAAUAUGUGAGGGAAGUUGUAGGUCAAUCUGUGUAUGGGAAGUGCAGACAUUUUAAAGAGCUACAAGAAUCUCCAUUUUGUAGACUUACACGAGCCACACUUGGUACCUGCUACAAAAGGGAGAGAAAUAUUAUCAAUGUUUUCUCUUCUAUCUUGUAAGUCUCGCGAAUUGAGUGGAAACUUUCCAACCCAGUGGUGAUCUUCAAUACAUUAACUAUCUUAGACUUUAUAGGGAGAACAUUCAAGGAAAAGCCUCUGGGAUAAUAGCUGAAGUUGCACUGUGUAGAGUGUUCAAAGAAGAACUCGGCUCCCAUGCAUCGAGUAAAUGCCACAUUCCAUUCAUCACAACUGAGAGCCUUUGUUCCAUACAGUGUAUAUACAUUUCUGUGGAAAGAGAACAGUGCACAGCUUUGGAGGGGAUUGGCUCUUUACAACAGGGUUGAGUUGUUAUGGAAGCACUGGUGCAAAAACUUGCAUUCUAGCCACAAAGGGCAGACUAAUAGACACACCGAGUACUUGUCAGGCUUUGGGCCAAGUAUAAAUAUUAACUCCUAACUAUUGCUGUUUGGAUUUAGUAACCUGUGAUAAAGUAAAGCAGAAACUCCCUAAUUCAACACUAUUAAGUAAUGCUAAGUCUUUUCUGAACUUUGCAGAGCUCACUAGAAAAGGCCAUGCACUAGAAGUACAGACCCCAGUCCCACUACGAAAUAGCCAUCAGCUCCAUGCGCAUUCAGGGUAUCCGAAUGCACGUGAACCUACUAGGCAUCUCAUCUCAUUUUGCUUACAUCCUUUAGUUUCCUUUUCUGCACUUCCACAAAGGGAAACUGUUGGCAUUUACCAGCACAGCUGACGCAAAGGCUGCCAACAACACUGAUCUCUGCCCAUCCAGCAUCUGGACUAAGAAGUUUUUAAGGUCCUUAGAAGUUUUUAAGGUCAGGCUUGACAAAGCCCUGGCUGGGAUGAUUUAGUUGGGAUUGGUGCUGCUCUGGGCAGGGGGUUGGACUAGAUGGCCUCCGGAGGUCCCUUCCAACUCUAUUAUUCUAUGAUUCUAUGAACGUUCAGAUACUAAGGUCGGAGAAAACUGAAGUGGUGAUAUGGCUUUAGUGGAACGUUAGUCCAGCCACUCCCCAUUUACAAUUUAAGUUAAUUAUAAAUCCUUCCAAGGCUUAGUCUGACUUCUCAAUAUUAUGAUGUAUUUAUAUAUUCAUUUACUAAUUAAACUCUCUCUAUAUUUUUUCAGAGAUCAAUGCUCCAUAAAAGCCAACCCCACCAAAAGGCAAUAAUCGUGUGAAUAAGAAUACAGCCAUCUUCCCUUUUAAAUCAAGAGAAAUAUAAUUACAUGUGAUAAAAUAUUCUCUGCCUUUUUAAAUGAUAAUAUCUGUAGCUGCAACCCUGUGAGGAUUCUGCUUUCAGGCCCUGGGGCAGGUCUGGCAUUUUAACGUUCUGUUUAGUUCUGUUUCUGUGGAGCAUGUGAUUGGGCUUUCAGUCCUUGUUUUGAAGCCAGAGUAGUUCAUACUCCCUGUUAACAAGGGGUGGUGCUGACCAGGUAGGCCAAAUAUAUAGACCAAUUACAAGGCAUAUACUUGAGACAACAGAGGAGUCCAAAUGGCAAAAUGGAUCAAAGAGAUGAGAACCAAGGACCAAAGAUUUGUUCAGAAAAUAGGGGAGACCCAGAGUCCUCGCAGACUUUCAUGUUCAAGUCUGUCAGGAGCAGAGGGUGUUUGAACAUAACAAUGGCCAUACUGGGUCAGACCAAUGGUCCAUCUAGCCCAGUAUCCUGUCUACCCACAGUGGCCAAUACCAGGUGCUUCAGAGAGAAUGAACAGAACAGGCAAUCAUCAAGUGAUCCAUCCCCUGGAUUUAUAUGGAGGCAUUAUGAUAUUUUCUGUCUUUUUAUCCCUUUCCUAAUGAUUCCUAACAUACUAUUAGCUUUUUUGACUGCUGCUUCACAUUGAGUGGAUGUUUUCAGAGAACUAUCCACAAUGACUCCAAGAUCUUUCUUGAGUGGUAACAGCUAAUUUAGACCCCGUCGUUUUAUAUGUAUAGUUGGGAUUCUGUUUUCUAAUGUGCAUUACUUUGCAUUUAUCAACAUUGAAUUUCAUCUGCCAUUUUGUUGCCCAUUCACCCAGUUUUGUGAGCUCCCUUUAUAACUCUUCGUAGUCAGUUUUGGGCUUAACUAUCUUGAGUAAUUUUGUAUUGUCUGCAAAUGUUGCCAUCUCACUGUUUUACCCCUUUUUCCAGAUCAUUUAUGAAUAUGUUGAAUAGGACUGGGUCCAGUACAGACCCCAGGCUACACCACUAUUUACCUCUCUCCAUUCUGAAAACUGGCCAUUUAUUCCUACCCUUUGUUUCCUGUCUUUUAACCAGUUACAAAUCCAUGAGAGAAACUUCCCUCUUAUCCUAUGACUGCUUACUUUGCUUAAGAGCCUUUGGUAAGGGACCUUGUCAAAGGCUUUCUGAAAGUCCAGGUACGCUGUAUCACCCUUGUCCAUAUGUUUGUUGACCCCUUAAAAAAAUUCUAAUAGAUUGGUGAGGUAUGAUUUCUCUUUACAAAAGCCAUAUUUACUCUUCCCCAACAAAUCAUGUUCAUCUAUGUGUCUGAUAAUUCUGUUCUUUACUAUAGUUUCAGCCAAUUUGCCUGGUACUGAAGUUAGGCUUACUCAUCUGUAUUUGCUGGGAUCACUUCUGGAACCUUUUUAAAAAAUUGGCAUCACAUUAGCUAUCCUCCAGUCAUCUGUACAGAAGCUGAUUUAAAUGAUAGGUUACAUACCACAGAUUGGAUCCAUGCA